AUGGAAGUGGAGAAACCCCCGCUGGGACCCGAGCCACCAACUCUACUGAAGACCUACAAAUGGCGAACGGCAGCACCCAUGGGUGACCGAGAACCUGAACGGGGCACGGGGUCCCCGGGGAGCCGGCGUUGGACCCGGUUGCAGGGAUGGAAACGUUCCUACAGCCAACCCGAAUCUGAUAGCCCCGAUGAUGGGGCUGGAAAGGGGAGCUCCGGCUUGGGGGCACCCAAAGCCAGCACCCGCCGGUCCCUCUUCCAACGGGCUUUUUCGGCACCCUCCAAGGGCACCAAGGAGACCCGGGGACCCGAGGGUGGCAAGGCCACCCUGCAGAAGUACCUGCGCUCCAUGUCCAAGAGGAAGGGUCACGUGGAGAGCGGUGCCAGGGCUGAGCAGGUGCCCCACGAUGCUGUUCCAGCACCCACAAGCACCCACGGGGUGUCAUCGAUCCCACUGGCUCCAGCACCUGACGCCCCGGUGUGGGAUGUCUCCAACUUCUCCUUGGUGGACGGACAUCUGAUCCUUGUAGGCAAGGACGAGGAGGCUUCAUGUAGGAACAGGAACCGGACGGGGAGCUCCAUCUCCGACAGCACCAACCUGUACCCAGCAGGCGGCAGGAGGGACCCCGAUGAGAAGAGCACCCGGGGUGCCGGGAGAAGCGCCGAGAGCGAGACCUCCUCCACCUCCCAGUUCACCAAUGUCAAGGGGUUGUUGUGGAAGAGGCUCCGGGAGCGGAAAGGUCGCGGCGUCCCCAAAGUCGAGACGCCGGCAGUGACGGUCCCCAACGGUGAGAGGGUCCCCAGCCGGAGCGGUUCGCGGGAGUCGCUGCUGCCACCUCCCAGCGUGGCUGAACUGGACCUCACUGGGGACAAUGUCAUCAUCCGGCCCGUGCACGGCAGCAUCGUGGGCGAGAAGUUUUGCUUUCAGGUCAUCACGGGCGAGGGCAGCUGGUCCUUCGGGUGCACGUCCCUGGCCGAACGCGACCGCUGGAUUGAGAACCUGCGCCGGACCGUGCAGCCCAACAAGGACAACUGCGAGAGGCUGGAGCUGGCGCUGAGCCUGUGGGUGUACGAAGCACGGGACCUGCCACCUCGGCGUCGCCUCCGUUGUCACCUCCACCUGGACGGCACCCUCUUCGCCCGUACCACCGCCAAGGUGGCCGGUCCCGACGGCGAGCUCUUUUGGGGUGAACUCUUCCAAUUGGCCGCCCUGCCACCUGCCCGUGCCCUCACCCUCACCCUUUGCCGUGAUGACCACCCCGGUCAACCAGUAGCCUCCAUUACCGUCCCCUUGGCCGAGCUGGCGGCUGCCCGGCAGCCCUUGGAGCGUUGGUACCCACUGAGUGGUCCCGGGGGAGGUGAGCGGAUGCCAUCGGUGAGGGUACGCGGGCGCUACCGGGAGGUGCGGGUGCUGCCCAUCGUACGCUACAAGGAAUUGGCUGAGUUCAUCACCUUCCAUUACCGGGAGCUGUGCGCCCAUCUGGAGCCCACCAUCGCCGUGCGGCACAAGGAGGAGCUGGCUGGUGCUCUCGUCCGCGUCUUGCAGAGCACUGGGAAGGCCAAGUCAUUCCUCAUCGACCUCGGUGUGGCCGAGCUGGACCGCUUUGAUGACCGCGAGGCACUGAUCUUCCGUGAGAACCGCUGGCCACCAGCCAUCGACGAGUACAUGAAACUGGUGGGGGGCAAGUACCUCCAGGACACGCUGGGUGAGGCCGUGGCCCAGCUCUGCACCUCGGAUGAUAGCUGCGAGGUGGAUCCCAGCAAAUGCGCUGGCCUUGACCUCUCUGACAACCAGAACAACCUGCGGCAAGUCUGCGAGGAGACCUUCCAACGCAUCGCUGCGUCCUGCGACGCCUUCCCGGCAGAGCUGGGCGAGAUCUUUGCGGCAUGGCAGGAGGAGUGCGCGGCGCGGGGCAAGGCGCCCAUCGGACAGCGCCUGGUCUCGGCCUCCCUCUUCCUACGGUUCCUCUGCCCUGCCGUCAUGUCCCCCAGCCUCUUUGGCCUCGUCCAGGAGUAUCCCAGCGAGGCCACUGCCCGUACCCUCACCCUCGUGGCCAAGGUCAUCCAGAACUUGGCCAACUUCACCACGUUUGGUGAGAAGGAGGCCUACAUGGGCUUCAUGAAUGAGUUCCUGGAGCACAACUGGAGCACCAUGACAGAAUUCCUGCAGAGCGUGGCCAACCCUGAGAGCAGCGUCCACAUGGCCACCUACGACGGCUACGUGGACCUGGCUCUGGAGCUCGCCACUCUCCACCUCCUGCUCUGCGACAUCUUCUCCAGCCUGGACCAGGCCACGCAGGAGGAGCUGGAGCCCCUACCCACCAUCCUCACUGCCAUCAGGGAGGGGACCCCCGUCCCCGUCUCCGUCCGUCUCAGCUCCACCACAGAGCGAAGUUACCGGUGGGUGGACAGAGGGACAUAUGGGACCAAGGUGGACGUGUGGGGCCAGGAGGAGCUUUGCCCGGCAGACAGCUUCAAACCAGGCUUCGUGCCACCACGGGACCUGAGCAAGCACAGCCCCCUCAUCAAGAGCCAGUCCCUCAUCAGCAUCCGCCGAGUUCGGGGCCGGGAGGACGGGCCGGAACCGGAGCCGGCACCGGCACCAGUACCAUCACCGCCGUCCAGCCGGGAACGCCGCAACGUGCAACGCACCCAGAGCGUGCCGGCGCAGAGUAAAGCCGCCCGGCGCCUACGCAAGCAGGCCAGCGCCGAGCACGUGGCGGAGCCACUGGUCGAUGACAACCCAGGAUCCCUCAUCCCCCGCAACGUCCCGGGUCAUGGGAAGCUGCGCUCGUCGGCGUCGCUACCGCGCAAAUCGACGGUGCCGUGGCAGCGCUAUGCGGAGGAGGCGGCGGCGGCAGCGGCACAGGGCGAGCUCUACGCCAUCCGCCCCUUGGAGAAGCAUGGGCGGUUGAUCGAGGCACUGCGGAAGGAGGUGGCGGAGAACCGGGAGAAGUUACGGCUGGUGGAGACGCGAGCGGGAGAGAUGGAAGUCCAACACUGCGGAUUGCGGCAGGAGCAGGGUCAGCACCGAGAGCAGCUUGAGCGUCUCCGGCAGCAGUUGGAGGAGGCGAACGCCCGUGCGGCCAAUUUGGGUGCCAGGUUGACGGUGGCUGAAGGCACCAGGAAGAAAGACCUGGAGAGGCUGAAGGCCAGCGAGGAGAAGAGCCGAGAGCUGGUAAGAGCCAGGAUGCAGGCGCACCCAUGGGUGACAAGAGGGACCCGGGUGGGGGCUGACACGGUCCCCUCGCAGGAGAGACGGCUGUCGGCACUGGAGAAGGAGCAGACAGAGCUGCGGGAUGCCAUCGCCCAAGCCCUGGGCCACCCUGGGAGGACGGGACGCAGGAUGCCGGCACGGGGUUGGGAUGAGAGCGGUGACGACUCUCAGGCCACCAGCGUGUAA